CUCUCAUUUUCUUGUAUAUUCUAGCUCCAGUUAUUGUGCCCCCACAGUAAUCUGAGUGUUGGCGAGCAGGAAGUGAUGCUGUUACCUUAAUGGAGAGUCAGCCUGUUAAAUAGCACUUUCUCUAGACAUACCAUUAAAUUCAGUCUUUAGCUUUAGCUAUAAACACUCUCUGGAAAGUACUCUCGUUCAUUUACUCUUCUGCUUUCUUGGACUUUGCAUUCGGACUACUAGAAGAGAAAGAAUGAAACCUGUCAUACUGAUUCUCUGUCUGCUUGGAGCAGCCUCUGCUAAUCCAAUCUUGCAUAAAAUGGCUAUGGAGAUGAUUCAGCAUGCAUCCAACUCUUCGGAAAGCUCUUCAAUAUCUGAAUCCUCCGACCAGAGUAAUACCUCAGAAGCUUCAGAUGAGAAGUCUAUGGAAACGGUCUCCGACAGCAAUAGCUCAGAAUCAUCUGAAUCAGACUCUAAUGAACCGAUCUCUAGUGAAAGCCAUUCUGUGGAAAGUCUGAUUGGAAAAAGUGAGACCGCACUGACAUCAGAUAACACUCAAAGCAGUAGAGAGAAUACUCGUAGGGGCUGGAUCUACACCCUCAAAUGGGUCCAUAAGAACAACAAUGCCAUUGUGCAAGAGACCAGCCAGUCAGAAGAGAAUGACAUCAAAUCCACCAGUGAUGCACCAAAAACAAGUGACAGCAGUGAAUCGAGUGAAAGCCAGGAAAUGGUUGCUCUAAACAAAAAGGAAGAGGAUAAAAGUGCAGACACAAGUGAAAGCACUGAAAACCGUUAUACUGUUGAUGGUACAGAGUAUAGUACCAGCAACAGCAGCAGCAGUAGCAGCAGCAGCAGCAGUAGCAGUGAAAGCACAGAGUCCAAAAACAGUGCAGCCGACAGCGAAAGUCGCUCAACUGAGUGCCAGCCAGGGGCUAACACACAAGAAUGUGACAGCGAGGAAGACUUUCUGGAUAUCGGUGAUGAUGGUGCAACCGACCCUUUCAAUGGCAUCCUAAUGCCUGAUGUCACUGAGCCCUAGCAGCAGUUUAAGACAACUAUUAUGACUCAAUGCUCUGAUAUCUUACAAGUGGAAAUCCCAGGAAUAUAUCAAAAUGGGAAUGUUCUAUUAAGAAAAAUAUUUAAAGGAGGUUGUGUAAGGAAAUUUAUAUAAUAUUAAUAUAAAGCAUUAAACAAAUGUUAAUAAUACUGUAUUAUACAGUCUGUUUUUAAUUUAAGAUUACACAUUGUAGGCAUAGUUUGAUAUUUUUAUUCUUUUUUUUUUAUAUUUGCUUUUUAUCACUGGAUAUCUCUGGAGCUGAAGUUGUGUCAGUAUUUUUAUAUAGAUUUUGUAGCUGUUUAUUUAUACUGUUGGUAUUAACCCUUUUCAAAUAAAUAAAGUAAAGAAAAAGUCAAGCAUUGCAUGAGUCCUGUAUUUCCCAGGAAUUCUUUAAGCUAAAAAGUUGCAUAUGCAAACACCAUACAUUCCUAAAAUGAAAGGGUUG